CUUUGGAAUUGGCUCCCCCUGUUUCGAAACCUCUCCUUUGGGCUGCUGUUUCUUCCACUUGUUCUCCGGAGAUUCAUUUUGGCAGCUCCUCUUCUACUGUUGGGCUUUGUGCCACCCACCCUUGGCAUGGAAUGUUGUCCAGCCGGUCGGAGUUGGCCAUGUGAUGCCGGAGUAAAUGCUGGCUUAGAAUCAGAUUGCCAUGGUCAAUAUUUGCAGUAGCUGUAGGGAGGGAAGAGCUCUUUUUUUGUUGUUUUUUGUUUUUUGUUUGUUUCUUAACUUUCUUUUUCUGCCGGCUUCCCAGCCCCAGCGGCUCAGAUUGACGCAAAACCUUUCUGGAGUUGCUUUCGAAAACUUUCUCAAAGCCGAUGGGUGGAUCUUGCUCACCUCCUUCCCUGCAAAUGUUUCAGGUGUCAAGGAGAGCCGAAGAUGAAGGACAGGCUGGAGGAACUGAGGAGACGCAUGUAUGAGAAUGGGGACUCCCUGGAGCUGGAAGAGGCCUUCUCCUUCGACAAUCCCGUUUUCCAAGAAGACGAGAGCAGUCCCGUGAGUAAGGUUCUCCAAGAAAUAAGCAGCCUGUCCUUGGCUCUGGAGAAGUUGGAGCAAUCCUCUGAGAACAUCGCUAAGAAGCAGCAGCAGGUGCUUUGCUGCACCACCGAAGUGAGCAUUGGCGAGGAGAAAAAAGAGCUGAGCACCAUGAAGGACAUUUUCACCAGGGAGGCUAAGGCUCUCCAGCCGAGGCUCAAUGACAUCCGGGAGACCCUGGCCAAGGACGGUGUUAAGAAUCUGGCCAUCAGCCGCAUUCGCUACAGCCAGUUCUCGGUGCUGGUCAACCGCUACUGUGAGAUCAUCACCCGCCAUUAUGCCAAGGAAACCCACUAUGUGGAGAAGCUGAAGGAGCAGAUCCAGAGACAGACGGAACUGGCAGGCUUGCAUCUCCAAGAGGAGGACAUCAAGCGACUGGUGGAGAGCCCUACGAUGCCGCGCAUUGUUGGCCAAGACCUGGAAGUGCUCAAAGCCAAGCAGCACCUCGCCAUGGCCCAGGUUCGCCACCAGCAGCUGCUGGAUUUGGAGGCCCAGAUCAGUGAGCUCCAUUCCCUCUUCUUGCACUUGGAGAUCCUGGUUUUGGAACAACAGGAGAUCCUCGACAGUAUCGAGUACAACAUCCUGCACACCACUGAUUACAUUUCCCAGUCCAACGAGGAAGUCAAGAAAGCCAUCAAAUAUCAGCGCCAUUCCCGGUUGUCCGCCCUCUUGUCAGCGCUCGUAGGCCUUUGUGCCUGUUGUACAUGCCUAUCGUGCAUGGCAACACCAAGUGUGUUGCGCUGAACAAAACAACAACAACAAACCAAGACAGAGCUGUUUCUUUCAAGGAGAAAGAGAAACCCCAUGAUGACCAAGACCAUCAUAGAGCAUUGGAUGGACCGCUGAGAAAAAGUCAGUCUGGAUAAAGGGGGCUGAUGGGAGCUUCCAAAAAGGCAGUCUGGGCUUGAGUCGAGUGGAAUAUUUUGCUUUAUUUUUUGCAAAGCAGAAGAAGGGACUUAUUGAAAUAGGACAUGGGUUUCUGCAGAGCUCAGCUCCAGUUUUGUUUCUAGCAGCCCAUGACUGCUUCUGGACUAUUGGUAUGCAAGCUCUCAUGGUCCCAUGCUCUAGUUGUAGGUUUUAACUACUAGGAUUCAGCUGCCUCCUACACCAGGAGCUUCUGUUUUGCUUCACCUGGUGAACCGUAGCAAACGGAUCAGUUUUUCUCAUCUUCUGUUUUGGCACUGAGGUUCAUCCCUAGGUCAUUAGGGCAAUGAAAAAGCUGUUGUCUCAUCAGCUCCUGGACCGUUCCCUUGAGCCGCAAGUGAGAAGCCCGGAUUUAGGAUGAAGGACUUUUGAUAUUCCUGGAUAGGUGACAAUCAUCCCAACCACGACAGAAAAGUGCCUCUGCGCGAGCUCAGAUGCUCUCUCUCCUGUCUUUGAUGCUUUUGUGUGUUUUAAAAAUAAGACCUUCUUUCUUCAAAAAAGGCUCAGGAUUGAAGCAAGCUGCUUCAGGUGGCGCAAUUCAGGCAAAACGCAGGUCGUGGAGUCUACAGCAGUGGUGAAAUCCACAUUUUUUUUUACUACCGGUUCUGUGGGGGUGGCUUGGUGGACGUGGCAGGGGAAGGAUACUGCAAAAUCCCCAUUCCCACCCCACUCCAGGGGAAGGAUACUGCAAAAUCCCCAUUCCCACCCCACUCUGGGGCCAGCCAGAGGUGGUAUUUGCCGGUUCUACGAACUAUUCAAAAUUUCUGCUACCGGUUCGCCAGAACCUGUCAGAACCUCCUGGAUUUCACCCCUGAUCUAAAGGCUUAAAAACAAUCUUACAAGUGCUGGUUUUAGCAGAUGGCAAAGGACACCCAAGAAGUAAGAAAAUAUACUGAGCUGCAAAACAGGUUCUGUGGCAAUAGCGCUUAUUUCUGACUUCCCUGAAACGCUGAAGCUGAACAUGCGCGCAUGUAUUUGUAAAAUGUAUUAAAGUCAAACAAUAUCUUUGCAAUCCUGGAUCCCCUUACUCCCUGUUUUCCCUACCCCACCUCUCACCGUACUGUUUUUGCCUAAAAGAUUUCCUAAUAUUCUUGCAAUGCAUCUCCUAUUGAUUUUAAUCUAUGCUCGUGCGAAGAAACGGGCAAUCUUUUUUCCUAAGCUGGAAAAUGAGAUCUCUGUGUCAGAGUGUACACAAAUAAUGAAUGAGUUUGCUGGUUUCAGUUCCUGGAUGUUGUAAGGCACCGUACAUUUCACGUAAAUAAUUUACAACCAUGUUAUCUCACACAGUUGGCAUAACGUGGAAGGUGAAUUCAGGGUGUCGAGGAGUUACAAGAAAGUUAAAAGGUGUGUGUGAGUUAUCACAGAUUCUUGGCUAUCUUGCAGAAAGGAAAUCGGUUUCCACAGUGUUUGCUUUCUUCUUCUUCUUCUUUUUUUUUAUAAUGUGCUUCUUUGAAAAGCAGAGAGGAGAGAUGGACUCUACUAAAUCCCCCCUCCUAUUUCCCACACAUGAGAAGGUGGCAGCAUGGAAGCUUCCGGCCUAAUAUGGCUUCCAAAGCUGAUACUGUUGUGAUUUAGAACUGAGGUUCCUAAGACAGGAAUCCAUUCUGCAUAAAGGGAAAAAAAUUGUAACUGUUUGUUUGUCUAGAAUUUAAUUUGGGACUGAUACUGGC